AUGGAGUUAGUUCUCUUUGCCCGGGAGCUGGCUGCUCCUCACUCGCAGAACACGACCUAUGUAUCACCAUAUACUCGAGGGCUUCUCGGCGUCCGAGUCAAUCUCGACCAUCUCGUCACCAUCCUUGUUGCUGGCUCCAUCGGGGUGGCCUGUGUGGUCAUCCUCAUUGUCCGUUUCACGCAGAUGUCCCAUGCAUAUCUCCGUCAGGUCACAUCAGCCACCGGCAACAACAACCAGCAGCGCUUCUGGGGCGCCGAGCAGUCGACCUUAUGGUCAGAUAUCAAGAAGCAUGUCCUCUAUGCACCCCUGGGAAGCAAACGACAUAACCGCGAGUUCAAGCUGUCCGAGGCUGUCAAUGUAGGCACUCUGCCCUCCAGAUUCCACACAGUGCUGCUGGUAUGCUACCUCCUCAGCCAGGUGGCGUACUGCUCGGUCCUGGAUUAUAGCGCCAACAACAAAGCCGCGCUGGUCGCUGAACUUCGAGGCCGUUCUGGAAACCUGGCCCUCCUUAACAUGAUCCCCCUGUUUAUUCUUGCUGGUAGGAACAACCCGCUUAUUCCGUUGAUGCGUGUCUCCUUUGAUACCUACAAUCUUAUCCAUCGGUGGCUUGGCCGCAUUGUCAUUAUCGAAUCCAUUGUUCAUACUAUUGCAUGGAUGGUCAACGCCGUGGCUGCAGAAGGGUAUGCAAAGAUGUGGCAUGGUGUCUGGCAUGAGCCCUUCUACACCUGGGGCUUCGUUGCAACCGCAGCCAUGGUCUUCAUUCUCAUACAAUCUCCCUCGCCCGUGAGACACGCCUUCUAUGAAACAUUCCUUCACCUGCACCAAAUUGGAGCCAUGGUCAUCGUCUUGGGCAUCUAUUUCCAUCUGGAUAUCGACGGCCUCCCGCAACUUCCUUGGUUCAAGGGCAUCAUAAGUCUCUGGGCUAUCGAGCGUGGUGCUCGAUUCUUCCGAAUCCUCCGCCUCAAUGUGUCUCGCCGCAACGGACUCACGCGUGUAGUAGUCAAGGCACUGCCUGGUGAAGCCAGCAGGGUAACCUUCUACCUCCCACGACACACGAAGAUCAACCCCGGUAGCCAUGUCUACGCAUAUCUCCCACGUAUCUCCUUCUGGAUGUCUCACCCUUUUUCCGUUGCAUGGGCUGAACAAGGCUCUAGCUCGCUCCCCAAGUCGCCCAAAACCGACAAGUUCAGCGAUUCAUCUAAGUCCUCCCUUGCUCGGAAGGCAUCCACCAUGACCACCUCGUCUAAAUCUUCCUCACCAGACCUCGAGAAGGGUCAUGCCAGAAACACUGCGCUUGCCACAGACGAUUCCCUGCCAACUUGCGUCUCACUCAUCAUGGCCGCGCGUACCGGCAUGACCCGCAAACUGUACAAUGCCGCACUGGCCUCGCCAAAUCUCACGCUCGAAACGACGGGCUUUAUUGAGGGGCCCUAUUCCUCCCACCCUUCUUCAUUUGGCAGCUAUGGCACUGUUGUACUUUUCUCUGGUGGCGCGGGUAUAACCCAUCAUCUGAUGCAUGUCCGUGACCUUCUCGCCGCUGCCGACGCCGGCACAGUAGCCACCCGCCGCGUAUACCUUAUUUGGUCUGUUCGUACGACCGAGCAUCUUGCCUGGGUCCGUGGUUUUAUGGAUUCCAUCCUACACAUGCCCAACCGCCGGGAUAUCUUGGUUACCAAGCUCUUUGUUAGCAAGCCCCGAAGCCAGCGUGAAAUCCAAAGCCCAAGCACGACCCUUCAAAUGUUUCCUGGCCGAUGUCGACCCGAUGUAGUACUUGAAGAAGUCUUAUCCGACCCAGUUGGCGCUACAGGUGUCAGUGUUUGCGGCCCUGGUGCUUUUGCAGAUGAGGUACGUUCCAGUGUGAGGAAACGGAUUGGUGCGGGACAGGUUAUCGACUUUGUCGAAGAAGCUUUUACCUGGUGA